CGCAUUAACUUGAAUGACUAACAGAAAAGAGAGAACCAACUUCAGAAACUUCCCCAUCGAUGACGGACUUAAGACUUUGAGGGUUCCUAUUUAUAAUUUUACUUUAAUACUCACUUUAAUUAAAAUUAAAUAUUUUUUUCCUUAAUUAAUUGCAAUAACCACCAAUGGAAACACGACGCGUGUUCCUUAUUAUUGUCCCAUUUGAAAAUUCAAAUAGACCCAUUCUUAUUUUCCACAAACGUGUACGUUUGUUACUUCUCUCUCUCUCUCUCUCUCUGUUCAGUGUUCCACAUCCAUGGCUAAGUCUUCUUCUACCACUCUCUCUCAUAUCCUUUCUUCUUCUUCUUCUUCUUCAUCAAUUCAAAGCCAAACUCCAAAAAUACAGCUUCUGAAUUUGGGCUCUCUCUCAGUGAAAACCGCCACUUACACUUCCCUCAGAGACGUGCUUCCCUAUUCCGCCGCCGCCGUCAACUCCCCCGCCGCCAACCAGUACGACGUGCCCAUCCGCAACCGACUGGUGAAGCAGGCCGCAUGGGCCUACCUUCAGCCGAUGUCCACUUCCCCCAGCGGCGGCCCAUCAGGCCCACACUUCUUCCGGCGCAACCGUCUCGCCACGUGUCUCUCCUUCAUAUACCACCACAUACUCCCUUCCCUCACCCGAACCCUCCACCGAAUUCUCCACAUCUUCCCUUGCUUCCUUCCUGUAAUCUUAUGAUACCAUAACAAUAUA